AGCACAUUCUGGUCUGUAGCAGCCGAAGCCAAUAGACGCUAACAGGCUAACCUCAGUUUUUCUGACCGUCCCGAUCCAGCGCCGAGACCCGGAUCGGACGCGGUCCAGGCCCGGUUCAAGUCGUUAACACGGUACCGGUUCUGACCCGGAACCCGCGCCGACUGCGGCGUAAAACCACAGUUAGCGCUGUUAGCAUCUGCGGCUAGCUUUGAGUUAGCUCCGCUCACUAGCAGAGAAUCAAAACAGAGCUAACAGGAGCUAACGGGAGCUAACGGGAGCUAACAGGAGCUAACGGGAGCUAACGGGAGCUAACAGGAGCUAACGGGACAACAUGGCGACAGAAGAGAAGAAACCAGAGACAGAAAACAUCAAGCAGCCUUCCUCCUCCUCGGGCUCCGGCAGUAAGUCUAAUCCGGCCAAACCAAACUACACAGUGAAGUUCACGCUGGCCGGACACACCAAGGCCGUCUCUUCUGUCAAGUUCAGCCCCAACGGAGAAUGGCUCGCCAGCUCCUCUGCCGACAAGCUGAUAAAAAUUUGGGGAGCGUUCGACGGGAAGUUUGAGAAAUCGAUUGUGGGACACAAACUGGUGAGACGCCUUUAGUCCUGAUCCAGAACCAGUCUGGAGUUAGACUCCAGAACCUGAUCUGAUCCUGUGUGUGUGUGUAUGUG